AUGACGUCUCCACCGAUAUACUCCUCCCUCCGCAACAAUGUCCACGAGAUCCGUCUCCUGGAAGUGGACCGAGAUUCCCUCGCCGACCCGACCCAGCCAGUUCGAAUAUCUCUCGCGCAGUUUCUCCUCGCCGAUGCCCCGCCCUACAUUGCCGUCUCUUACUUUUGGGGCGAUCCAAACGACACCGUCCCGGCCCUCGUAAACUCGGUGACGACUCAAAUCACCAAGAACCUAGAGUCUGCUCUUCGAUCGGUUGGGGCCGGUGGAUGGGCGGACCUAGCUAUGUCGGGCACGCAUGGGCCUUGGCGGAUUUGGGCCGAUGCAAUCUGCAUUAAUCAACAUGAUCUUUCGGAACGAAGCCAUCAAGUUUCUUUCAUGGCGGAAAUCUACCGCCACUCAGCGUCUACCGUUGUUUGGCUUGGGAUUGGGUUUGACGAAGGGGAGCGCACACGUGCGUUCAUCGAGGAGUGGGCUGAGAUCCAAGAAAGGGGAGCCGUAGAAGAAUAUGCAGUCUUGAUAGGGACCCUGCCAAACACGCUAGACGAGAAAAGCGUGAAAGCCUUCCAUAAGGUUUUCGAGAAGCCUUGGUGGACGAGGGUGUGGGUCCUUCAGGAGUUCGUCGUCAGUCCGGCCGUGUUUUUCUGGCUCGGAAGCACGGCCAUCUCUUUUGAUCGGAUAGCUUUAGCAACCAAAGCCGACCGUAGACUCGCCGUUUUGAAUAUCGAGGAUCUUAUCAAGCAAGGAACGACCAACUCAGUCUGCCGAAUCUUCUAG